CACACACACACGCGGCUCUGUCCAGCCAGCACAAGGCUCGGACUCACAGCUUAUAAGUUAGUUGUAACAAACAGUGACCCGAGUGCUACAAACUUUCGACAGACGCAACCAUGCCUGCUUUUUUACUGUUGGUUUGAUGGUUACAGAAUUAAUUUAGUGGCCAAGUAGGUGGAUAAAAAAAAAAAAAACUUUAUUCUUCUUCUUUUUGUUUGUUUUUUUUGGAAAGACUUGAACUUUCUUCAAGACUGAAAGUUGAAGGGAAAGAAAUAAAAAAGCCGACUCGUGAUGGACGCGCUGUCACUCAGGUUACUCGUUGUUGUGGCUUUGACCUCAGCCACUUUGGCUGGCGAAACUAACAAAGAAGACUUCUUAAAGAGCCGACUGAAGGAGUAUGGCCUGGUCACGCCUAUCAGCACAGACUCUGGCGGACACUUCUUGUCACACCUCCUCUCAGCAAACCACAAGCAGCGUGUCAAACGCAACGUACCCCAUGCCCCUAAGCCAGCAGGUGAGAAACUGUUCUUCAACGUCACUGCUUUUGGCCAGGAGUUUCACCUGCGGCUCUGGCCCAACAGAAGACUAGUGGCACCUGGCGCCAUGGUAGAGUGGCACGACGAGGUUUUGGUGCCUGGCAAUGAUACUAAGAAUGCCACCCACACAGACAGGAUUGUGAAGAGAGAGUCGCUCAAGACGGACUGCAAUUUUAUUGGGGACAUCACUGACGUCCCUGGAGCAUCGGUUGCUAUCAACAACUGUGACGGUCUGGCUGGCAUGAUCCGUACCGAGUCUGAUGAAUACUUCAUUGAGCCCCUGGAGCGUGGCACGCAACAGCAUGAGGAGGACGGGCGAGUGCACGUGGUGUAUAGACGAUCUGCACUGCUGCAAACCCCUUCGGACAUCUCAUCGGACUACGAACCCCCUGAGCCAGAGCUUAACGUCGCAGACGCACUAGACAACAUCGGCAAACAGCUGAACCACACAUCCAGGAGACGCAGGCACGCCGGAGACGAUGACUAUAACAUCGAGGUGCUUCUCGGCGUCGACGACUCUGUGGUGCGCUUUCACGGAAAGGAGCACGUACAGAAUUACCUACUGACCCUCAUGAAUAUUGUGAAUGAGAUAUAUCAUGAUGAGUCACUAGGUGUGCACAUCAAUGUAGUUCUUGUAAGGAUGAUCAUGCUUGGAUAUGCAAAGUCUAUUAGCCUUAUUGAACGUGGAAACCCGUCACGGAGCUUGGAGAAUGUGUGCCGCUGGGCAUUCGUACAGCAGAAAGACGAUCCAGAGCACUCCGAGCACCAUGACCAUGCCAUCUUCCUCACACGCCAGGGCUUUGGCCCUACUGGCAUGCAAGGAUAUGCUCCUGUCACUGGGAUGUGUCAUCCAGUUCGCAGCUGCACUUUGAAUCAUGAAGAUGGCUUUUCCUCUGCCUUUGUAGUGGCCCACGAGACUGGACAUGUGCUGGGAAUGGAGCAUGAUGGACAAGGUAAUCGUUGUGGUGAUGAGACAGCCAUGGGGAGUGUCAUGGCCCCUCUGGUACAAGCUGCUUUCCACCGCUAUCACUGGUCAAUGUGCAGCGGACAAGAGCUGAAGAGAUACAUUCAUUCCUAUGAUUGCUUACUGGAUGAUCCAUUCAAGCACGACUGGCCACAGCUCCCUGAACUUCCUGGCAUCAAUUACUCUAUGGAUGAGCAGUGUCGUUUUGAUUUUGGAGUUGGAUACAAAAUAUGCACAUCAUUCCGAACAUUUGAUCCUUGCAAACAGCUGUGGUGCAGCCAUCCAGACAACCCUUAUUUCUGCAAGACUAAAAAGGGGCCACCACUGGACGGCACAGAAUGUGCUCCCGGCAAGUGGUGCUACAAAGGUCACUGCAUGUGGAAGAAUGCCAACCAGGUGAAGCAGGACGGAGCUUGGGGUGUGUGGACCAAGUACGGUUCAUGCUCGCGCUCCUGUGGGACAGGCGUACGCUUCAGGACACGUCAGUGCAACAACCCAGCUCCAUCUAAUGGUGGUCAGGACUGCCCAGGGGUCAACUAUGAGUUCCAGCUGUGCAACACAGAUGACUGUCCCAAGCACUUCGAAGACUUCAGAGCCCAGCAGUGUCAGCUGCGCAACUCCCACUUUGAGUACCAGAACACCAAGCACCACUGGCUUCCAUAUGAGCACCCAGAUGCCAGCAAGAGAUGUCACCUGUACUGCCAGUCGAAGGAGACGAGCGAUGUGGCAUACAUGAAGCAGCUGGUGCAUGAUGGCACACGGUGCUCUUACAAGGAUCCCUACAGCAUCUGCGUGCGGGGAGAAUGUGUGAAAGUGGGCUGUGAUAAAGAGAUUGGUUCUGACAAGGAGGAAGAUAAGUGCGGAGUGUGUGGAGGCGACAACUCCCACUGCCGAACUGUAAAAGGAACCUUUACCCGAACCCCCAAAAAAGCAGGUUACCUAAAGAUGUUCCUCAUCCCCCCUGGGGCUAGACAUGUGAUCAUCCAAGAAAAUGAGGCUUCUCCUCACAUUCUUGCGGUCAAGAACCAGGCCACUGGACACUACAUCUUAAACGGCAAAGGAGAUGAAGUAAGGUCACGCAGCUUCAUUGACCUUGGGGUGGAGUGGGAUUAUGUCAUCGAAGAUGAUGCUGAGACUCUACACACAGACGGACCAUUGCAUGAUGCAGUCAUUGUUCUGAUCAUGCCAAAAGACAAUGAGACAAGAUCAUCACUCACAUAUAAAUACAUCAUCCAUGAGGACUCUGUCCCAAUAAACAACAAUAAUGUCAUUCAGGAGGACACAUAUGAGUGGGCUUUGAAAAGUUGGUCCCAAUGCUCACGACCUUGUGCUGGAGGUUUCCAGUACACAAAAUAUGGAUGCCGUAAAAAGGGGGACAAUAAAAUGGUACACAGGAGCUACUGCGACAUUAGUAAGAAGCCCAAACCCAUCCGCAGGAUGUGUAACCUCCAAGACUGCACACAACCACAGUGGAUAGCCGAGGAGUGGGAGUACUGCACUAAAACAUGCGGAAACCUUGGUUACCAGAUCCGCACCGUGCGCUGCGUCCAGUCUCUGCAUGAGGGCACAAAUCGCUCCAUCCACAGCAAGUAUUGCAGCGGAGAGAAACCUGAGACCAGGCGUCCCUGCAACAGAGUGCCCUGCCCUGCCCACUGGAGGAUUGGAGCCUGGUCGGAGUGCUCGGUGUCCUGUGGCGAGGGAGUGGCACGCCGCCAGGUCACAUGCCGCAUUGGUGAUCAGUGCACUGGUGAGAAACCGGAGUCACAGAGGUUGUGCCGCCCUGGACCCUGUAAUGAUGAGCCUUGUAGAGGAGACAAGUCCAUAUUCUGCCAGAUGGAGGUCCUUGCUCGGUACUGCUCCAUCCCGGGCUAUAGUAAACUGUGUUGUGAAUCAUGCAGUAAACGGAGCAGCACUCUCUCUUCCCUCUUGACUGAAGCUGCCGAGGUCGAGGAGGAGAUACGAUUUGGCUCAGCCUCACAGUUACUCGAAACCCUCUCAGCCUCCAUCAAUCAAACCCUUAACCACCCUCUUCAACCACCGAACCAACCUGGGGGCUCAGCCAAGCAGACCUCCACCGGCGAAGCUCUCAAACCGAACACCGAAAGCAAAACUGCAAAACGUCUGAUGCAGGCCUUUAAACCCAACUCUAGAAAUCUGCCUGCCAUGACAGUCUACAAGCAACACAAUGACAACCUUGCUAGCGCUUCCUCACAGCACACAGAUAGGCUUCUAGACAUUUCCAAGGUGGAGAGAUGAAGGCAAACACUAAACUUUUUUUCUUUUUUUUUUUACAUUCCGGGACUUUUUGUAGAUAACAAAAAAGCUUUAUUCUUUAUCUUCAUUCAAAUCAUUUCUGUGAGAGGUUUAGGGAAGUAAAGUGCUGGUUCACUUUUUGGUUUCAACGUCAUACCCACAAGUGGUUAUUCACACUAGAGAUUUACACUUUUUUUGGUUUGUUUUUGGGGUAUAAGGCACCAAAGAUGUUUUUAAAUUAGUCAGAUAUCUCUUUUCAGCAACCUUCCAAGGUUUUGCACAUUUAGCUCAUGCCGUAGAGAUGCAAGUGAUCAGAAAGGCUUAUAGUUUUGUUUCAAUUCAGAAUCAAGCACAAAGGGUUUGUUUAAUAAAUAAAUAUUUAUGAAUGUUCCUGUAAAUACUGUUUAUGUAAUAGUUCAGUAUUAUUUUUUUACUAAAACAUGGUGCAAAAUUUUUAUGUAAAAUUUAAGCAUAUGGGUAUAAUGACAGCAACUGAAGAUCUGUCACUAUUUUCAGCUAUUCCCUGUCAAAACACCUCAUCCAGCAUAAAGCCAUCAUUACUCACCGAACCUGUCAAGGAACUUCUGUAAUCGCAUUUCCUUUGUGUGCAAGCACAUCAGUGAUUAAUGUCGAAGCUUUCUGGUGUUUCCUUCUUUUUUUAUCUUGUACUGUAUUCUAUUCCGAAGCUAAACAUGUAUUUCACCAGCACGAGAGCUAAACGUAGAGACAUAUUUUAACGUCGAAACCCAGCAGAACAGAGGAGUCCUAUCAUGUGCCAGCGCAGUACAUAGGGUGGGAAAGGCUAUAUUUUAAGGACAGCAACGGUAGAAUUAAUAUAGAUAGUUUUAUAAAAAGCACAUUAUGUGAGGUGGUGUGCUUUCGCCUGCAAGAUUUUAAGGGAAAGAUGUGUUUGUUUGUUUUUUAAACAAGGGCAAUAUCUCAACCACAAUGCAUCUGACUGCAAUAGCAAAGAACUCCAGUGUACGUAUCAUUGGAGUGCAAACGUAUAAAAUCCAUUCACACAUGCUUGCCUGUGUGCUACUGUAUAGCUAUUGUAUAUAGAAUUAAGAACUCUAGAGUAUUUAUUGACUUCCUUGUCUGUUUUUUAUGUUCAGCAUCUCUUAUUUCAGCUGAAAGAGCUAAAAAAUUGUCAAUCCUUGCAUAUUGAAUCAAGUUUUGCAGAUUUUCCCCCCCAAAUAGCCUUUAAAUGUUGACACCAUAACAAAAAAAGAACACAAGGAAAACUAGUUUGAAAUUAGUUGUGAGAAAGCUCUAGUCCAGCUAAUUUAGAAUAGCAUUUAGUGUAAAAGCCACCACAACUUUCAGUUGCUUCUAAGUAGUUAAUAAAAUCACAAGACGAAUCUGUUCUUACAGUCAAUUAGUAGAGUUGAGUAAAAAGAAAAAAAAGACAAACAUGGAAAAUGUUGGUGUUGUAGAUAUAAGUUUUAUAGAAAAAAACUAUUGUAACGAUCUUGAAACAUAUUUUGAAGUAUUUUUGAAUUGCUGCCUUUGACAACUUUGCUGCUACUGCUAUGCAAAGCUUUUUUUUUCUUCUCUGAAGCCCAAGUAGUUUAGUAUUUGUAGUUUUUGACAAUCCCUGAGCCUCAGACAGGUCCGCUGUAUAUGUAAAAGAUCUUUCUCUCCUCUCUCUCUCUCUCUCUCUCUCUAUAUAUAUAUAUAUAUAUAUAUAUAUAUAUAUAUAUAUACUGUAUAUCCCCAGUCUUGCAUUUGCAUUUAUGUACGUAUUAAUUAAUGUGCUGAAUAGCAUGUCAGUUUCUUACAUCUUGCCAUCAUCUGUUCAAUUGUACUUUUGUUUUAUUUUGAAUGAAGUGUAUACUACUGAUGCUGUUUGUUGCAAUGGGGAGCACAUAGCAAUA